GGAAACAAGCAGUUCUGUAUCAGUUCGAUGAUCAGAAGAUCAGCUUCCUGCGAUGGAACCAGUGAAGAAAAAGCUGGAGGCGUUUUCCCUGGAGGCUCAUGAUCUUUACCUGAACCGAUCAAUCCCGUACCUGGAUGGACCCCCCGAGCCACUGCAGUUCUACAGGGACUGGGUUGGGCCGAACCAGCCCUGCAUCAUCCGCAAAUCCUUCAGCCACUGGCCAGCUCUGUCCAGGUGGACGCCAGACUACCUGAGGGAGAAGAUCGGCUCAAAGGUCAUUAGCGUGGCAGUGACUCCCAAUGGCUACGCCGAUGCUGUCGCAGGAGAUCGUUUUGUGAUGCCCGACGAACAUCAGAUGAGCUUUUCCUCUGUCCUCGACAUCAUUGAAGGGAAGGUCCAGGACUCCGGGGUCUUCUACGUCCAGAAACAGUGUUCCAACCUGCUGCUGGAGCUGCCGGAGCUCAUGGAUGACAUGGAGCCUCACAUUCCCUGGAUGAGCUCAGCACUAGGAAAGUUACCAGAUGCAGUAAACUUUUGGCUUGGAGAAGAAAGCGCCGUCACGUCCAUGCACAAAGAUCACUACGAGAAUCUGUAUUGUGUCGUUUCUGGAGAGAAACGCUUCAUCCUGCUGCCGCCGACUGACCGGCCCUUCAUCCCCUACGGUGUUUACCAGCCAGCUGUGUACCGAAGGCAGGACGGUGGUGAGUUUGAGAUUGUCGAUCAGACGGACUCAGAUAAGGUCCCCUGGAUCCCUCUGGACCCUCUGGACCCGGACCUGGAGCGGUACCCCGACUACCGACAGGCUCACCCACUCUGCUGCAGCGUGAAGGCCGGGGAGAUGCUGUACCUGCCGUCCCUGUGGUUCCACCAUGUCCAACAGUCGCACGGCUGCAUCGCAGUGAAUUUCUGGUACGACAUGGAGUAUGACAUCAAGUACAACUACUUCAAGCUGCUGGAGUCGCUGUGUGAUGUCACAGCGACAGUUUGAGUGCCAUCAACUUGGAAAUGCAUGCAGAUUUGUUGACUGAAGGAACUUGGUUCAGCCAUUAAAGCAUCUACACUCGGCGCCCCCUGCUGCAUGGACACAGCGUCUACAGACUCACUCAUCCUAUGACCUGAAUAAUUGAGCUGUGAUGACGUGACUGACAACUUAAAUGUUUGUAACUAAGGAUACUGGAGCAUGACAUUGACAUCAUUGUGUCCUGAAGCUGGUUUCAUGAGCUUGUUUCUAUAAGAAAACAUGGAGAGCAAAGUAACUCCAGGAUUUUGUACCUCAGACCAAACCUUGUCAGAGGAACGGCAGCCGUCUGUGAGUGUGUUUGAGGGGUGAGAGCAGGUCCGCUUCCUGGAGUGGACCUGGAGUUUUUAAAAAGGUUUAAAAAAAGUUUGAGUACAGUAAACGUUUUAAAUGAAUGUCUGAGGGUGUCGUUCAAAAAUGGAAUAAGGUCCUUUCCAAGGUCGGUUACAGUCAGACUGCAUGUUUCCAGUCCUUCGCGUCUCUGAGAUCCAGAAGCACAGAAACAUAAAAGGCUUUGAAUCUUCAGAAUAUUCACUUCCUUCUUUUAACUUUUUUAUCAUUGGUCAAA